UGUGUGUGUGUGUGUACGCGCGCGCGCAAACAUUUAUUUAAAUUGUUUAAUUACGACGAACAUGGCAGAAGUUGCGUAAUACGAGUUGUGAAAUUCACGCGUCUGGGGAAGAUUUCAGAAAAUGAAAAUACGGCGAAUUGUUGCACAAUAUCCGCAGAGUGCAGAUAGAACGUAAUUGAAAAAUGCAAGAUCAUGACGUAAAACGGGAUAAUUAGUUUCGUCAAAUGUGGAGAGACUCGAUCGAGGAGCAUGUUCACUUUGCUCGAGUAAAACGAAGGGGAAACAACGUGCUGCACGCGUCGCGCGAGCGAGAAGUAACUUACUUACGAUUAGAGAAUAACUUAGAAGUUACAAAGGCUUUAAAGUGGUUAUUAGAGUGGUCUUAAUUCGUUCUAUCGUGGUCACACUUCGCGACCAGCACUUCCAGAGCAGUUCAUACUGCCGUCUCUGUAACUGCACGGAAAUUCUCCGACAUUCCUUCGAGUUUCUUCUUUUAUAGAAAAGAUAAGUAAAAGUGCAACAGAUUGAUUACAAUAUGACUCGAUAUCUCCUGUCCGUUCUCCUAUUUGUCUGCCUAGUUUAUGUGCUGCAGGCCACUCCUGUGCCCGACGAGGCGCAACAAUCGCCACAGCAAACGAGCACGCUCGACGACCUGGCGAACAAAGCGAGGAAGAUGUUCGACGACGUGAAGGAGGCGUUCGAGCACUCGGAAUUGAACAACGCCUUGGAGAAGACGAAAACAUUUAUCGGGCAGACUGGCGAGAACAUACGAAAAGAAAUAGAGAAGCUUACAGAUAAGAAUGAAUAAAUAAUCAUUAACAGUUUCUUCGUUGUAUUUUCUUCUCUUUUUGUUUCUAUUUCUAUACUUUAGCAAGCAUUCACGCACACAUAGUUAAUUGAACGAUAAUCUUUUUCUAUCACACUUGUUGAUAUCAAUUGUUACUUUAUAUUGAAAUUCGUAUCCCAUUUUGAAAUUAUUAAGUAAAUCACGAAACGUCAACUUUGACACAGCUAUCGAGAUAAAGAACGAUUUGUUUGCUUUUUAUGCAAUACAUAAAUAACACGUGUUUUGAUAAAUAUAAGUCGCGGGUGAUUUGUAUGACAUAACGAUGUAUCGCUCGACGAUUGCUUUGAAGAAAUAAAAUACAAAUGUUCGUAUCGA